CGCUGCCCGUAUUUCCCAUCGCACCUGAAUGCAAUGGAUUCUAGGCUGAGCUAGGUCUGCAGAUAUAUAUUGCGUUGAUUUUAAGCGUAGCUGGAGAUUAUAAGGGUGUGCAUCGAAUUUAGAUUUCAUCCGUUUAUUGCCAAAAAAUGCUGAACCCCCAGAAGUCUCUGUCGGAGCUGUCGAAGAUGUCCGCGGCCAAUCAAGUGGAGAGAGCGGUGCUGAAAGAUGAAUUCAACUGGCUGCUGAAAGAAGAAGUUCACGCUGUUCUGAAGCAGCUCCAGGACGUCCUUAAGGAGGCGUCCCGCCGGUUCUCCAUGCCGACACCAGGCCUAGAGAGCCAGCUCAAACAGGAGAACUUCAUCCUCGGCAGCUCAACCAUGGACCAGGUGAAGGGGGUGCUGGCUCUGCAGGGAGAGGCUCUCACCCAGGCCGACAUAAACCUGAAAGUGGCAAGGAGCAGCCAGACGCUGCACUUUCAGUUCCGGGAGGACAAGCAGUGGAAGCUGCAGCAGAUCCAGGACGCCAGGAACCACGUGAACCAGGCUCUGCAGCUGCUGAACAGCCGGGACGAGAGCUACUGCUUCAAGACGGGAGCAGAGGUCAACAAGCUCAUGGAUGCAGUGAUGCUCCAGCUGACGCGGGCACGGAACCGCCUCACGACCCCGGCCUCCAUGACGCUGCCUGAGCUGGCCACCAGCGGUUUGAUGAAAAUGUUCACUCCUCCAAUGCCUGGGGACAUGAUGGUGAACUUUUACAUCAACCUGAGCAAACUGUGUCUGACCGUGUACCAGCUGCACGUGCUGCCUCCCAACACAGCCAAGAACUUCAAGCCGUCCGGAAGCUCGGUGUUGCACAGCCCUGGAGCCAUGUUUGAACUCAACAACAACCGCUUUGAGGUGAGCCACGUCCAUAAGGUGGAGUGUGUGGUGCCCUGGCUCAAUGACACGCUGGUGUUCUUCACUAUCUCGCUGCAGCUGUGUCAGCAGCUCAAGGACAAGAUCUCCAUCUUCUCUAGCUUCUGGAACUACAGACCUUACUGAACCGCCUCAGACACCGAUCUAACGAACCACUCGUCCAUUUGUUUUGACCUCUGCGUCCCGAGGAAGAAAAUGUUCAGACCUCUGUUGAUUUUUGAAUCUUGGCCCUAAAAAUCCUGCAUUUCUCAGUAGAAGCGCCUCCUGGAAUUAGACGAAGAGCGACGUAUCCCACAGUGAACUGUACUGUUCACCUCCACUAAGGACUGAGCUCCAUGAUGUGAAGUGAUGAGUGUGAGGGUCUGUAUCAGUGUCUUCAUCAGCUCGGUGAACAACGACUCUGUUGUUUCAUAGAUGAAGUUAAACUGUCGGUCUGUGUAUUAAGCUUCUGUUCCAAACACUAUAUUGUACGUUUGUUAUGUUUACAUAGUUUUUCAUUGUUGAACAUGAACAAAAUGCUUGAGCCCAAUGUUGGUAUUUAUCAGUGCAAUAAAGACAUAUUGAUCCUG